AUGGUGGAGCUCGAGGACAUCACAAACACUCUGAUACUGGCUGGUAUCCCAUUGGAAAAGUUGGAGGAUAACCAAUUUAUAGUCCCAUUACAACAUGAAAUCAUUGCAAAUAUACCCAACACAGAUUUGGUACAGUUUAUUAUACUAAAGACAUUCAAACGGAUCUUGAUCAUUUUCAACACUAAGCAAUCAAGUAUAAAAGUCUAUGAUCAUUUCAAAACCACCCAUGACGAUUUCACUACGGGUUAUUCACUUCAUGAUUAUUCAAGCUUUGAUAUAAAUGACAAUUAUCUUGAACUACCAGAUAAUAGUCGAAUGUUUUUAAUUUCACCACCUGCAUCACCACCAAUAGAUUUCAAUUAUGAUCAAGUUGAAGAAGAACCAAAUAGGCUACAGAUCUAUACACAUGAAGAAUUACAAGAGAUUAUGAAGGAUAAUAACACAGAUUUUGAAAAUUUGGUUACAGAAAAUUUGAAAAAGACAAAAUAUUCAAAUAACGAAACUUCAAGUUCGAAAAGAUCAAUCAUGGAUUUCGCUAAAGAGAUUAUAUUGAAUGAUAGUAAUGAUGAUAGUAAACCCAAAAUCAUCUUGAAUCCGAUUAAUGGAGAAAACGAUCAUUUAAUAGGUCGAGCAAUUCAAAGUUUUAGAACAAGUUUACCGCCAAAAUCAGUAUUUGAUGAAUUGGAUGAUGAUAUAAUUGAUGAUGGUGACUACAGUUGA